CUCAUGUCGGCAACAUGGGGUAAUACUGCGACUUUGGUUGCCAACAAUUGACCUGUAGACUUUGGAAAAGUACUGGAAUCAAAAUCACCUCGCCACAGCUUUUAGUUUUCAGUUCAAUGUUCAAUCCUGGUUUUCUACGCAAAAAACUUCGCCGCAGCGGGCAGCGCAACUGUGGGUGAUUCAGGCAGUGCGCACCGAAAUCUCGUGAAGUCCACAGUCAGGUACAAUCAGAUACGAUAUUUUCCACUGCAGGGAUGGCGCUGGAGCCUUCGAAGGGUGCGAUUGAGACUGUUGAAAUGGAUUCAUUGUGAGGAUCCCGGGUUCUCAUGCCAAAUAAAGACCGAGGAAUGGAUGAUGGGUAUCGACGAAUGCUGACGCCAUCGUCAUCGGCUUCGUGAGUUCGUCGUUGCCUUCAGACAGAUUGUGAACUGCAGCGCAUCGGAGACCAGUGUUGUUGUUGUUGCUCUGGCCAUGGCCAUGGCGACUCUUGCUAUACUUUCGACCUCUUCGCCCUGCUUCAUCCUCCAGCAGAAGAGUGUUGCCUCUAGAACAUGUGAUUUCGUGGCUUCCUCCCCCUUUUUCUCCCGCUCAGCUCGAUCGCGGAGUUUCACGGCGCCUUCUGCUUUGAACAGGGCUGUAGGGACUGACGACCGAGAGGCACCUGCUGCGCAAUUUUCCAGGCGAGAUGCCCUCGCCUUUCUAGCUGGUGUAUCUGGAGACAUCGGAUUUUCCAGAGCUUGGAAUCAGAAUCAUUAUGCCAAUGCAUUCACGGAAGGGAAGCAAACUAAUCUUAGCGUUGAGCAAGUGAAGGAGAUCAUUGAGAACGACAUUAGGAAAGGCCAGUAUUACGUUACGGGGAAUUUGACUCCGAGCAUAUACAGAGAUAAUUGCAAGUUCACGGAUCCAACUACAGUAGUCACUGGAGUGAACAAGUAUGUGGCGGCUGUAAGAUUGCUAUUUGAUCCUGAUCUGUCUCAACAGGAGUUGCUCUCCAUAGAUGUCACAGGGCCACGUACUAUCGAAGUCAAUUGGCGGCUGGGCGGGUACUUGAAGUUACCAUGGAAGCCUCACAUAACGCCGUAUGAAGGAUCUACACGCUACACAUUAGGUGAUGAUGGUUUGAUUGAAUCCCACGAUGAAACGUGGAACAUCUCGUUGCUUACUGCGUUGUUGGAAUUGUUCACUUCAACAUGGGGGCCGCACUAGACUUUACAUGUAUGUAUGUAUGUAUAUGCAUAUUUUCAUUAAUAUGUAUGUGUGCUGCAAAUUUUAUAUUCCAUCUUCAAUGACUAUGUGGAUGGAUCAGAGUGAUUUAGCUUAUCAUACUUCUGGACAUCUGAAAGCGACAGAAUUAUGAUGAGGGAUAGAGAAGUGGGUAAUAUUUAGGAGUCGAAGCAUGGUUAUCCGUUUUGAAAACUCGCUGGAUGUUAAUGCAUUGUUUUGAAAAACUAGCUUUAAAAUAAAAGUAAAAAAUGUAGGUACUCCUGUCGGUUUAGAUUUGAA